CUGGACUGCCCAUUUUUGUAGGGAAAGUCGCGUCACUGUGUUGAGUGUCUGAAGCCGUUGGCUUCGAACCGCCUGGCUUUGUAUCUUAUCUAUUAGCGUUAAAAUGUUAAUUAAUUUCCUUGAUAUAUCAAUUUUGCAAUCUUUGGAAAGAGAUAACAUGGUUUAGCUUUAACACGUGGAUUACAGCGGAAGCCAUCUAUCAAAAGAUUUCAGACAAAGUAGGUAGCUAGCUACUGGAUUAUGGGGACACAUUUUGAAAGAGCAGCUAACUAGCCUUGCUAGCUAACCAGCACCGUUCAUAUAAGAACGAAUCUUGUUUUUUUUGGUUUGUUGUUGGAACACAGGAAUAAAUGCAAAAUAUUGCGACCACUUUUUAAAGAUUGCUGAGUUCCUCCUCUGGACGGUGGAGCAAUGAGCUUCUGAAAGACACUUGAUCACAUGGCUCCCAUUCCCUUCGCUGACCCCAUGGUUUGACCACCAGGAUUAAAAAUGAGCAUUAGCAGUGAUGAGGUCAACUUCCUGGUGUACAGAUACCUGCAAGAGUCAGGCUUCUCCCACUCGGCGUUCACCUUUGGCAUAGAAAGCCACAUCAGCCAGUCCAAUAUCAACGGAGCCCUGGUUCCCCCUGCUGCCCUCAUCUCCAUCAUCCAGAAGGGCCUGCAGUACGUAGAGGCAGAAGUCAGCAUCAAUGAGGAUGGCACUCUGUUUGACGGGCGGCCCAUCGAGUCGCUGUCUCUGAUCGACGCUGUGAUGCCCGAUGUGGUGCAGACACGGCAGCAGGCCUACCGGGAAAAGCUGGCCCAUCAGCAGCAGGCAGCUGGGGCUGGCAGCGCCAGUGGCACCCAGGGCCCCCAGCCCAGCGGCACCAAGAACGGAGAGGGUGGAACCGCUGCCAACGGCGAGGAGAAUGGUGCCCACGCCUUAGCAAACCACCAUGCAGACAUGAUGGAGGUGGACGGGGACGUUGAGAUUCCCCAGAACAAGGCCAUGGUGCUGCGUGGCCACGAGUCCGAGGUGUUCAUCUGUGCCUGGAACCCCGUCAAUGACCUGCUCGCCUCAGGGUCUGGGGAUUCAACGGCGCGGAUCUGGAACCUGAGUGAGAACAGCACAGGCAGCUCCACCCAGCUGGUGCUGAGACACUGCAUACGGGAGGGGGGUCAGGACGUACCCAGCAACAAAGACGUCACCUCACUGGACUGGAAUAGUGAGGGUACGCUCCUAGCCACAGGCUCAUACGAUGGCUUUGCCAGAAUAUGGACUAAAGACGGGGACCCCUUUGUGUGGCUCAAGAGCAACCUCGAAGGCAAAAGUAACCUCGCCAGUACCUUGGGCCAGCACAAAGGUCCUAUAUUUGCCCUCAAAUGGAAUAAGAAAGGCAACUUUAUCCUCAGUGCAGGAGUAGAUAAGACCACGAUCAUUUGGGAUGCUCACACAGGGGAGGCCAAGCAGCAAUUUCCCUUUCACUCAGCGCCGGCCCUGGACGUGGACUGGCAAAGCAACAACACGUUUGCCUCCUGCAGCACGGACAUGUGCAUCCAUGUGUGUAAGCUGGGCCAGGACCGGCCAGUCAAGACCUUCCAGGGACACACGAAUGAAGUGAACGCAAUCAAGUGGGAUCCUACGGGGAGUCUGCUGGCCUCCUGCUCCGACGACAUGACACUCAAGAUCUGGAGUAUGAAGCAGGACUCGUGUGUCCACGACCUGCAGGCCCACAGUAAGGAGAUCUACACCAUCAAGUGGAGCCCCACGGGGCCCGGGACCAACAACCCCAAUGCCAAUCUGAUGCUGGCCAGUGCGUCGUUUGACUCGACUGUGCGCCUGUGGGACGUGGAGCGCGGCGUGUGCAUCCACACGCUCACCCGCCACCAAGAGCCCGUCUACAGUGUGGCCUUCAGCCCCGACGGGCGCCACCUAGCCAGCGGCUCCUUCGACAAGUGUGUCCACAUCUGGAACACACAGACGGGUGCUUUAGUUCACAGCUACAGGGGAACAGGGGGCAUCUUCGAGGUGUGCUGGAACGCUACGGGGGACAAAGUGGGAGCCAGCGCGUCAGAUGGAUCAGUUUGUGUAUUAGACCUGAGGAAAUGACGCURGUUUGGGGAGCCAUGGACCGACUACGAAUGUGUACAUAGCCAAAAUGACUGUCCCAGCCUGUCGUCUACACUGCUGUAGUCCCAUCAGAAGCCAUGGCCCGUCAUCACAACCACCACCACCAUUACCAUCACAGCCAAACAGAGCACCCCAACACCCCCAUAAACACACAGACUACCCCUCCAGAGAAGAGGUCAAACUAACCCCCAGCAAAGGGGAUCUGGACUUCCCUCAAGUCAGACUCAGACCCACAGGAGAGAAAAAGGACUAUAUUAUGGUCACCGAGACAAAAAUCAUAUUGAAGAGAAGAGGACCCAUUGCAUACAUACCAAAAUAUCUGCAAUUUGUUUUGUUUAUUUAUUUUCUAUUCUUUAUACCAGAAAUUAGAAAUGUUAAGCUUUUGUCCCCCCCCACGUCGUUGGUGUGUGCAUAUUGUACAUGUCCACAUUUUUUGUCGUCCUGUGGCCAUUUAUUUUGCUUUAGGUUUGUGUUACAUGUCGAGAGAGGUAAGGUCAGUAGGAUUUUUUUCUUAAAUUUGGGUUUCAAACUGAUAUUGGGAGAAAUCGUUCAUUUUGGCACUGUCCAUGUGUGUUUUUGUGGUUCAAAAAUACAUUGAACAACAAAUAUAUAUUUAUAAAGUUGAAAUUGUUUCAUUUGUUUUCAAUUCAAAGCUUUUUUUUUUCAGUUUGCCAAAAUCCUUUUAUUAAACAUUUCUGGGAGCACAGUUAGUGGGGAUUAAAGGUGCCAUAUGCAUACUUGUACUUCUUAUUACCUUUUAAAUGGCUUCAGGUGUGCAAAACUGUUAGCUUAAUAGAUAUCUGAUAAUUCUAAUAAACUCUUGGACUAAAGAUCAUCACUGCAGCUACUAGAAAGCCCCAUCCUCUUACAUUCUAACUACAUGUGAUGUUAGAUUUGAGUGUAAUUGAUUGGUUAGGGGAAGUUGCAGACACUGAUCUAAGGUCAGUUUGGCGUUUUCUCCCGUAAUGGCUAUGGCUAGGAUUGGGGGAGGGUAAGCUGAUCCUCGAUCUGUGUCUCCAGGGAGCUUUUAGCCAGAACAUAGUGCUUUGGGUAGCUCAUGAAUGACAGGACAACCCACAUCCAAAGCCACAAUGUCCUACAGGCGGGUUGUGUUCAGUAGGACACUAAGUAGCAACAAGUUUUACAAUGGAAAACAAGUGUUUCACUUUGGACACGUUCAAUUAGAACCUCCACGUUUCAGAACGAUUUCUCCCUAUUGAACACGCUCCAUGUAUCCUGAUUGGUUGAUAGAGGACGUUACCAUUAACAUCUGAGCUGUGCUAUUCACAAUAUGUUGUACCUCCACAGUCCAUCGUGUGCUAAGCUAACAAA